GUAAGAAUUCUCCCAUUGCUCCCCGAUCAAGCUUUCCGGUAGCCGUUCGGAAAGUCAAACACUGUGAAACAGGAGAAGAUGGCAUCGCUGGCAAGCCAUUUCUCUGGAUUCCUCUUCCUCUUCCCCAUUGGCAUUCGCCGCCUCCUCUGCUCCUCUUCUCUCUACCUCAACAACCCAUCUCUCUUCAGCUCGAAACCCUGGUACUUCUCCAACCCCAUAUGGAAAAACCUGGAUCUUUACAUCCUCUCCGUUGCCCUCCCCAUCGCCUCCUUCUCCCAAUUCUUCAUCUUUCUCUCCUUUUCCGGCCACCCCACCUACCGUUUCUCCUUCUUCCACCAAUCUGCAUCGAUUGCACUCUUCUGGGCACUCAUCAUUCUUUUUCUUUUGCGUGAAAAAAUUGACCCUUUUCUUGUUAAUGAGAGUUUCGUUUUUGCUUUUGCGGGAAUUGUGUUUCUUGUCGAGUAUACUGUUAUUGGGGAGGGGAUCACGGGUGUUGGUGGCGUGGUGUAUCAAUUGUUGGGGCAAUUAACUCUUGUUUGUGCUGGUUCUUGUCUGCUGUUGUCUGUUAGACCAAAUUCAUUCUUUGCAGAGUUUUUGUUGUCUUGUGGGUUGGUUUUCAAGGGCACUUGGUUGCUGCAGGCGGGAUUUUCUUUGUACACUGAUAAAUUUGGUCUCAAAGGUUGCCAAAAGCUGUUGGUGCCCCCAGGGAGUGCAAAUGCUGAUGUGCAUUGUGAACUUGAGGAUGAUGGUUCAAGAGCUGUGGCUUUGGUGAACCUUUUGUUUGUUGUUCAUGCAAUUGGUGUCUUGAUAGCUGGAUUUGUGCUGUUUGGGUUGAUGUCUAGUUUCAAGAAUCUGAGGUGUGGAGAAAAAAGUGGUCCUUUGCUGGCAGAACUUGAAUCUGAGAACAUGAUGCACGCAGUUCAUGAAAUUGAGAGGGAAUAAUGUGUAUGUUUUUCUCUUCUGUCUCGGUGUAGACCCAAAAUUUUUAUCUGAUAGAAAUUUAUAGUUUUUUUCCGUUGCUCUUUAUAGCCAUUCCUUCGUUAUAUACAUAAGCACAUGCAGUUACCUGUUAUUGGCAAACAGUUUUCCAUUAAUGAUGAGUAUUAUUGAUUUAUUGUUUAUGGUUAAGACUACUGUAGUGUGGAUAACAUGAUUAAUUUUGUAGGAAUAAGUGAAGUGGACUAAG